UCUGGCGAAAAAAAAAUCUUUAACAUAUACAUAUAUCCAAAUAACCUUUGCUAAGUUUCAAGGUGGCGUCAGAAGGCAGGUUAAGUAAGCAUGGCGACCAACGUUUUCCGUGUUGUGCUACCUUGCAUGUCUCAAAUUAUUUUUCGAAGAAAAGUCUUAAAUUUGGAAUAUUUACUGAUUAAAAGAGCACUGAGGAUUACAAGAACUAUUUCAAGUUCUUUUGUAUGUAAUAGAUACUAUUCCUCAUCAGAUGGGCAAAAGAAUAAAAAUACACUGCUGGAAAAAUAUUUUGCUGCUAAAGAAGCCAGUGAAGUUGAAAUGCCCCCACUUGAUGUUGAUCCCCAUGGAGUGUUUGCAAAUAACGAACUCGAUCUUGGUGACAUUGAAGUUUAUGGGUUUGACUAUGAUUACACAUUAGCCGUGUACAAGGAAUCUCUUCAUUAUUUAAUUUAUGAUCUUGGCCGAGAUUGGUUACUCAAUAAAUUUAAGUAUCCCAAGGAGAUAGAACAGCUUGACUAUAGACCUGGCUUUGCAAUUAGAGGACUUCAUUAUGAUAUUCAAAAGGGGCUGUUGAUGAAAAUUGAUAGUUUCCACCAAAUUCAGUUUGGUAGUGUAUACAGGGGAUUAACCACACUCUCUAAUGAAGAAGUAACCAGAAUCUAUGGUGGCACUUAUAUUCCACAAAAUUUAAUACGAGGAACUGAGUCAGAGCCUAGUCAGAUGAAACAGCUGAAUGAUCUAUUCACAGUCCCAGAGAUUUGUUUACUGUCCAAUGUAACUGAGUAUUUUGAGAAGCAUAACAUAGCCUAUCAUCCUGAAAUCCUUUUCAAUGACAUUCAAAAUGCUGUAAGAAGCAUCCAUCCUGUAAUUCAUGAUAAACUUGAUGAGGAUUGUAUAGGAAAUUAUUUAGAAAAAAAUGAAGAAUUGCCAAGUUUUCUUCAGCGACUGGUUAAAGCAGGGAAAAAAAUGUUUUUGGUAACCAACAGUCCUUUCAAGUUUGUACACCAUGGUAUGGUGUACAUGAUUGGUACAAACUGGCAAGAACUCUUUGAUGUAAUAGUUGUUCAAGCAAGAAAACCAAAGUUUUUUACUGACCAAAGUAGGCCUUUCAGAAUCUAUGAUCCUAUCACUAAAAGUCAACUCUGGGAGAGAGUGACAACUCUGGAAAAAGGAAAGGUUUAUAUUGAGGGCACAUUGAAACAGCUUCAGGAAAUGACUGGAUGGCGAGGCAGCUCUGUGUUAUAUUUUGGUGACCAGAUCUAUAGUGAUCUUGCUGAUUUAACUCUACAUCAUGGUUGGAAAACUGGGGCUAUUAUUGAUGAAUUAAGGAGUGAAAUCAAAAUUCUUAAUUCAGAAGAAUUCCGUCAUGCUGUUAGCUGGUUACAGACAUUGCAACAUCUUGUAGAAGAAAUGCAGGACCAUGAAGAUGCUGAAGAAAUCAUAGAAGAAUUAUUAGAAGAAAGAGAUCAGUUACGAAUCACAACUAAAUCACUUUUCAAUGCCCAGUUUGGAAGUAUCUUCAGAACUCAUCACAAUCCAACGUAUUUUUCUCGUCGACUCUUUCGGUACUCAGAUAUUUAUAUGUCUCAUGUCACUAAUCUUCUUAACUACACUCUCAAGCACACCUUCUAUCCCCGUAGGGGAGCUUUACCACACGAAUGUAAAAUACCUUAUAUGUAACAUUCACAAACCUCAGAUUACGUUACCUAGUGUUUGGAUUUUUAGUUGAUUGUUA